AUGAGCAACAAAGGAAGUAGUAGUAGUACUUCGGCUUGUUGCAAACGUAGAGAUAGAAGACGUGUUGAAUCUUCCGGUACGAGGUAUCACACCCAACCCGUGUCUGCAACCGAUGUCGAACUUGCCAUGCAAAAAAAAUCAAAAGAUUCAAACGGAGAAGAUUCUAAAAAUGACGGGAGCAGCAAUUACGAGGAUGAACUUUCGUCUUUGAGUUACAAGGAUCGUCUUCGUUUGUUCGAAUCCUCUGUGACGUCGUCGGCGGAUUACAAACAACCGAUUGUAAAACCUCGACGUCCUAGAUUUCAAACUCAACCGGUAACCACGAUAGAAGUAGAAACGGCCAGAUAUAUAAGACAAUCAAACACGAAAGAAAAUAAUAAUGAUAAUAAUGUUAAAACUGGAGAAGAUUUUAUAAAAAGAAGAGAUAAGGACGAUAAAGUUAAUCAGUUCUCGGAGAUAAAGAAAACAACAUCGUCUGCUACAACGGAAAAUUCAAAUCAAUUAAAAAGCAUUUUAAAAAAGUCUGCGUCGUCGUCAUCGUCGUCGCCGUCGGAAAAUCUAAAAGAAAAAUUAAAAAAUGUAGAGGAAAUCGAAAAAAGUAACGGAAGCGGAACUUGUUCUUCUUCUUCUUCUUCAUCUUAUUCUUCGGACGAAGAAAAAACGGAAAAAGAAUGUUCGAAAAAAAUAAAAAAUCCUAUGGCGGGAAAUGAAAAAUCCAUCGCUCUCGUUUCCGAAUUGAAAAGCAUAUUGAAACAAUCUUCUUUUGGUAAAAAAUUUCCAUCGGUACGUUCGGAAAAACAAGAGAAAAAAGAAAAAUCCAACAACGUUUUAGGAUCUAAUUUGGCUGCCAUAUUGCAAAAAGUCGAACAAGUGUCAGGAGUUUCAGGCGGCGGAAAUCACGAAGAAAAAAUUAUUAAUAAUAAUAAUAAUAAAAUCGGCUGUGGGACUGGGAUUGGUGACGAUGACUCUUUAACUUCAUCACAAAAUGAAAAAAUGUCGAAAAAUCUCAAUCAAAUUCGGUGA